CUACAUAUCCGUCGAUUAGAAGGAGAUUCUUUGAAGUGUUCUUCUAUACUCACUACCUUUACAUCGUCUUCAUGCUCUUCUACGUCCUCCACGUAGGCGUCGCCUUCUGCUUUAUCACCUUCCCUGGUUUCUAUAUCUUCAUGGUCGAUCGUUUUUUGAGGUUUCUACAGUCACGUGACAAUAUUCGGUUGAGCUCUGCACGUGUUCUUCCUGCCAAUACCGUUGAGCUCACUUUCUUCAAAAACAAAGGAUUGGUUUAUAAUCCGACGAGCAUAUUGUUUGUGAACAUACCGAGCAUUUCGAAGAUGCAAUGGCAUCCAUUUACGAUUACUUCUAGCAGUAACCUCGAGGCAGAUAAGCUAAGCAUUGUGAUUAAGAGCGAAGGGAAAUGGUCUACAAAGCUUUACCAGAUGCUUUCUUCUUCUGAUCACUCCGAUAGUUCUCUUUCUGUUUCUGUCGAAGGACCCUAUGGACCUGUUUCAACAGAUUUCUUAAGGCACGAGUCUUUGGUUAUGGUUAGCGGAGGCAGCGGAAUUACCCCAUUCAUAUCUAUCAUCCGUGACUUAAUCGCCAUGAGCCAAACAACGACAUGUGAACUUCCAAAGAUUACCCUGAUUUGCGCGUUCAAGAACGCUUCUGGCAUAUCCAUGCUUGACCUUAUCCUCCCCACAUCUGGUCUCGAAUUAUCAUCUGACUUGAAUAUCCAAAUUGAAGCCUUCAUCACCAAAGAGACAGAACCAAGAAACGAAGAAACACAGAAGAUCAGAACCAUCUGGUUCAAACCAAGUCCCUCGGACCAACCAAUCUCAGCGAUCCUAGGACCAAACUCAUGGCUUUGGCUCGCCGCCAUCCUCGCUUCUUCCACCCUAAUCUUCAUGAUAAUCGUCGGAGUCAUGACAAGAUACUACAUUUACCCGAUCGAUCAAAAUAAGAACAUGUACAAUGUCGCGUCAAGAUCAAUCCUUUAUCUUCUGGUCCUCUGUGUUAGCAUCAUGGUGACUUCAAGUGCAGCUGUAUUGUUGAAUAAGAAGAAGUACAAUGCUGAGAGCAGUAAACAGGUCCAAAACGUCGACGUACAGAGCCCAACGUUAUCUCCUAGCUCAUGGGCUAACAGAGAAAUUGAGAGUAGUCCUAAAGACUCGCUUGUUCAAUGCACCAACCUCCACUUCGGUGGAAGACCAGACCUCAAGAAGUAUCUACUUGAGACCAAAGGUUCAAGCGUGGGAGUGAUGGUGUGCGGUCCAAAGAAGAUGAGACAAGAAGUGGCCACGAUUUGUUCAUCUGGUUUGGCUGAGAAUCUUCACUUUGAAUCCAUCAGCUUCAGCUGGUGAUUGCGCAUUAUACAUAACUCUGUUUGUGUGGUGUGCUUUGUGGACUUGUCUGUUUUUUUCGUAAGAAAUAUUAUUGUGGA